AGGCGUCUUGCACGCCGCGGCGGCGUGAAACGCAUCUCUGCUGGCAUUUAUGACGACGUUCGAGCCGCGCUCAAGGACCGCCUGACGAACAUCCUCCGUGACUGCAUAACCUACGUCGAGCACCGACACGCCAAGACUGUCACCGUCUACGACGUCCUUCACGCCCUACAGCGCAUCGGUCGUCCGGUCUGGGGAUUC